AGGUAUGAGAAAGCCAGAGUUGGGUGUGAUAGUUCUCAUGAAAUCCAUUCAAAAUGGCAAUUAAAUAAACAAUCUAGAAAUUGUGAUAGUGAAUGGAUCCUCAUCCCGCCAAAUCACCAAACUCGAGCUGAACUCGUGAUCACGGAGGACGAGUAUGAUGGUUGCUUCCGUGUAGAAAGCAUAAUCGAGGGCUCAGUUGUGGUGAAUCUUCGAAGUAAAAAGGAUGGAAGCAUAGUCUGCCCUAUUUUUAUAGGCAAUAUGUCUGAAGUAUUAACACCAGAGCAUGGAUUUCAGCCGGUACCAGAAUCCCCAGGUGCAGUGAUCUUCGUGAAUGAGGGCAGAUGCCUAUGUAACUUUGGUAUAUCUCAGCAUGUAGAAAUGCACCAAACCCCAAUUCAUCGAAAGGAAUAA